AUGGCAGUCACUGAAUUACCCUCAUUCCCCUUUAAACGCGCCUCCGGCCUCGAGCCACCAGCUGAAUACGCCCGUCUCCGCGCCACAGAGCCCAUCUCGCGCGUCAAGCUCUUCGAUGGCUCGACGGCAUGGCUCGUGACAAGGUACAAGGACGUCUGCGCCGUGGCUACAGACGCCCGCUUGUCCAAGGAACGCACGAGACCAGGCUUCCCGGAACUCAGCGCCGGCGGCAGAGCUGCCGCCAAAAACAAGCCCACCUUCGUCGACAUGGACCCCCCUGCCCACAUGCACCAGAGGUCCAUGGUUGAGCCUUUCUUCGUCGCGGACCACGUCGAUACGAUGAAGCCGCACAUCCAGAAGACGGUUGACCAGCUUCUUGAUCAGAUGGUCGCUACGGGGUGCAAAGAACCGGUUGAUCUCAUUGAGACUUUCGCCCUGCCAGUGCCCUCUUAUAUCAUCUACACCAUCCUCGGCGUCCCCUUUGAAGACCUCGAAUACCUGACCCAGCAAAACGCGAUCCGCUCAAACGGCAGCGGCACAGCUCUCCAGGCCCAAGCCGCGAAUCAGGAGCUGCUCGGCUACCUCGCCAGCCUCGUCGACAAGCGCUCCGCACAGCCCAAGGACGACCUCAUCAGCAAACUUGUUGUCGAGCAGCUGAGACCGGGACACAUUGAGAAGGCCGACGCCGUGCAAAUCGCGUUCCUGCUGCUGGUCGCGGGUAAUGCCACGAUGGUGAACAUGAUUGCGCUCGGAGUGAUCGAGCUCCUCCGCAACCCCUCCCAACUCCAGGAUCUGAAAUCCAACCCUUCGCUCUCGAGGGCCUUUGUCGAGGAACUGUGUAGAUAUCACACUGGUUCCUCCAUGGCGAUGAAGAGGGUAGCCAAGGAGGACAUUGUCCUCGGCGGCAAGAUCAUUAAAGCAGGCGAGGGCAUCAUCGCGGCCAAUGCCUCCGGCAACCGCGAUGAGGAAGUCUUCCCGGAUCCGGACGUCUUCGACAUGCACCGCGCCCCUGACCGCAACCACGCCCUGGGCUUCGGCUUCGGCCCGCACCGGUGCGUCGCUGAGCCCCUUGCGCGCGCCGAGAUGGAGCUUGUCUUUGCGACUCUCUUCCAGAGACUGCCCAGCCUUGAGAUUGCUGUUCCAAUCUCCGAGCUGGAGUUCACGCCCCUCCACAAGGACCUCCGCCCAUCAGGCUGGGAAACGGAUCCCGCUGAGGAGAGGUUCAAGCUCUCGACAAUCGAUCCCACGCCCAACUGUGCGUACAACCACUAUGUCCUAUUCUUUCGACUCGAUGACGAAGACAGAGCCAAAGUGGCGGACGUGUUGAAGACUGGUCUCGAGCGCACACUCAGCCAAGCCAGCUAUCUCUGCGGCACCAUUAAGAAAGACCCAAGCGGUGGCCACUCCUUUGUCAAGACCAAGACUUCCACGGUCAAAUUCGUCGUCAAAAGCCAUGCCUAUCCAUCUCUAAUGGACCUCGAGGAGGCUCACUUCGCCUGCAAAGCUAUUGGGGACCUCAGCCGGUGGAGCGCGGAUCCGUGGAUGACAUGGGGAGAGGGAAGGCCCGAGGCCGAUCCUGACCACGGUGCAGUCGUUGCGGCCUACCAGGCCAACUUCGUGCCCGGCGGUAUGGUCUUCAACAUGCACAGCCACCACUACGCGAGCGAUGUCAUGGGCUGGCGGAACUUCACGCAGCAGCUGGCAGAAAAUUGCUACGCCAUCUGCCAUGGGACAAGUUUCCCGCCUUGGGAUCCAGCAUGCAUCGACGUCUCACGCUUCACCAAGCAUGUUCCUGAGAGCGCCCAGGUCGACGGUCCCGCCGCGGCUCCUCGACACCCUGGUCACCCGGAGCAGCAGGCUCUUCUAUUCCACCUGCCCAAGAGUAAGGCGGCAACGCUCAAGAAGGCUGCCGCCCCUACAGACAGCAGCAGAUGGAUCUCGACCUACGACGCAAUGUGCGCUUUCCUCUGGCGGAACCUCUCCAGGGUGCGCCUCGAUCUUCACAACCCCGAUCCCUCCAGUCACCCCUACUUCGGCGAGGCAGUCAACAUGCGACCGAGGAUCCACAAUCCCGACCUGCCAGAGCGCAUGAUGCGCAACGUAGUGUGCGGGGCCUUCGGCGACACGGCCCCCGUGCCGCGCCCGACACUGGCGGAGGUCACCGCUUCCGAGGACGAGUACCCUCUGUCGAAGCUGGCCACGUACAUCCGGCGGCUCACCGAGAGCUGCACCCAGGGGCACAUGGAGGCCCUGGUGGGGGCGAUAGCGCCGAUCCGCGACAAGCGGUCCAUCAGCUUGCGGGUCGAUGCCUUGCCGCCCAUGUCGAUCUGGGUGACGGAUCACCGCCCUGCCGGUGUGGGCGGGUUGGGCUUUGGCUUCGGGAGGCCCAUCACGCAUCGGCAUCUUUGGGGUGAACAUGUUUCCGCUGGGCUCGUUUUGAUUUACCCGCCCAGAACUUUGUCUUCUGAUCCCGAUGAGGGUUUCAUUUUCACCGUCACUGUCGAAGAGCAGUUGGUUUCUAAGCUAGUACGGGACCUUGAGUGGUCUGAGUACUUUGAGUAUCGAGGAGUAGAUUAG